AUGCAUUUAAUUAGUCAUUCACUUGAUUCCUCUAUACAAAAGAAUAGUGGUCGUGUGUUUAAAUGUCUAACGACAUUGUUGAAUGCUACUAUUGCCUUGACUUUGGCAAAGCAACAAUAUAUCAAUGUUAGAACCUUCCAAUACGAUAUAAACUGUAAUGGCUCUGGUUCACUUAGCGAUAGCUAUGAAGCCUGUGCUCCAUCUUUAUUCAUAGGUGAAGCAUUCUACAAAGUAGGUGUCUGUGUCAGUUUCAACGGUCUACCUACAAUCUUCACAAUUCAAAAUACCGAGGGUGUCUUCAUCAUUGAUACAACCUACCAAGAUUUCACCUGUAAAAUCCCACUCCAAUACCCCUCAGUCGUUCCACAAGAGGAAUGUAUUAAUAUCUGUUCCGCUAAUCCAACCGUUGUUUCGAUUGUCGAUGAAAUCGUAAAAAGUCCAGCCAAUUCAUACACUGAGGUUAGUUAUGCUGGUAGUUGCAAUGGUAACUGGAAGAGUAACUUCAACGCAAUCGAGUACACUUUGACCAACACCUGUGUAAACAAUCCAGACGGAUCCACUUUUACCAAAUGUAACUCAACUGAUAUCGUCAGUAAAGUCACAACAUUCUACGAAUGUCACCUCUGGGAAGGUACUGCUGAUAGUCAAACCGGUGCCGACUGUGGUACUGAAGGUGGUUUCAAUACUUUCAGAUUCUGCGGUAAUCAAUAA